GCUCACACCUGACUGCUCUGCCUCUGCUCAAAGAACACCUGUGGAUUCACCUGCUGUCUUCAAUUGCCUCCUGUAUGAUUUCUAGAGCCUGGGAGGGAGUGGGUCUGUCCCAAGAUCUCAGUGAGCACAACAACAAACCAGUGAGAAUGUGCUGGUGUAGAAGAAAUACUGCUGUGUGCAGCAUUUUGGAAGUCCUCUGUUCCAAAUGUUGCAAGCAGCGCGUGGUUUUCCUGACUGAGUUUGCUGCAGCAUCAUCCUAUAAAAUCAUCAAUUUUGCUCCAAGUCUACUGCAAAUCAUAGUAUCAGAUCAAGUUGAGUUUCCAGUGCGUCAAGCAGCUGCCAUCUACCUGAAGAACAUGGUGACGCAGUACUGGCCAGACCGUGAACCACCUCCUGGAGAAGCAGUAUUUCCUUUCAACAUUCAUGAGAACGAUCGGCAGCAGAUUCGUGAUAAUAUUGUAGAAGGAAUAAUUCGCUCUCCUGACUUAGUGAGAGCCCAGCUGACAAUGUGCCUGCGUGCUAUCAUUAAGCAUGACUUUCCUGGCCAUUGGACAGCGGUUGUUGACAAGAUAGGCUACUACUUGCAGUCUCAAAACAGUGGCAGCUGGCUUGGGAGCCUUCUGUGCCUGUAUCAGCUGGUGAAGACUUAUGAAUACAAGAAAGCAGAGGAGCGAGAUCCUCUGAUAGCAGCAAUGCAGAUAUUUUUGCCUCGUAUUCAGCAGCAAAUGAUCCAGCUUCUGCCUGAUAAUUCCCAUUACUCUGUGCUUCUUCAGAAACAAAUUUUAAAAAUCUUCUAUGCUCUUGUUCAGUAUGCAUUGCCACUCCAGUUGGUGAAUAACCAGACCAUGACUCAGUGGAUGGAGAUCUUCCGUACCAUCAUUGACAGGAAUGUACCUCCUGAGACUUUACAAAUCGAUGAAGAUGACAGACCAGAGCUGGUGUGGUGGAAAUGCAAGAAAUGGGCAUUACAUAUCGUAGCUCGUCUUUUUGAACGGUAUGGAAGCCCAGGAAAUGUAACUAAAGAAUACUUUGAAUUCUCAGAGUUUUUUCUAAAAACAUAUGCUGUGGGCAUACAACAAGUUCUGUUAAGAAUCUUAGACCAAUACAGACAAAAGGACUAUGUUGCACCACGUGUUCUUCAGCAGACGUUAAAUUACCUGAACCAAGGGGUCAUUCACUCUGUAACGUGGAAGCAAAUGAAGCCACACAUACAGAGUAUAACAGAGGAAGUGAUAUUCUCCCUAAUGUGCUACAAAGAUGAGGAUGAAGAGCUGUGGCAAGAAGAUCCGUAUGAAUAUAUCCGCAUGAAAUUUGAUGUAUUUGAGGAUUAUGCAUCCACAACAACAGCAGCACAGAAUCUCCUUUAUACAGCAGCAAAGAAGAGAAAAGAGGUAUUGCCAAAAAUGAUGGCAUAUUGCUACCAGAUUCUGACAGAACCAAACAUUGAUCCGAGGAAGAAAGAUGGAGCUUUGCAUGUGAUAGGAUCCUUAGCAGAUAUUUUACUGAAAAAGAGUGUAUUCAAGGAUCAAAUGGAGCUGAUGUUACAGAAUCAUGUAUUUCCACUGUUCAUGUCCAACCUGGGGUACCUCAGAGCUAGAUCCUGUUGGGUACUUCAUUCAUUCAGUGCUUUGAAUUUUCACAAUGAGCUGAACUUGAGGAAUGCAGUAGAGCUGGCAAAGAAGAGCCUGAUUGAUGAUAAAGAAAUGCCUGUCAAGGUAGAAGCUGCCAUAGCUCUUCAGAUGUUAAUAAGCCACCAGGAGCAAGCUAAGGAAUACGUGAAGCCAUAUGUAAGACCAGUUAUGCAAGAGCUCUUGCACAUUGUUAGAGAGACAGAAAAUGAUGAUCUUACAAAUGUAAUCCAGAAGAUGAUCUGUGAGUACAGUCAGGAAGUAGCUACCAUUGCUGUUGACAUGACACAACACCUGGCUGAAAUAUUUGGUAAAGUACUUCAGAGUGAGGAAUAUGAGGAAGUGGAGGACAAAACAGUUAUGGCCAUGGGUAUCUUGCACACUAUUGACACUAUCCUAACAGUUGUGGAAGAUCACAAGGAGAUAACUCAACAGCUGGAGAGCAUUUGUUUGCAGAUCAUCGGCCUUGUUUUGCAGAAGCACGUUAUAGAGUUUUACGAAGAAAUUCUUUCCUUGGCAUACAGCUUGACGUGCCAGAUGAUUUCACCUCAAAUGUGGCAGCUUUUAGGUGUUCUCUAUGAGGUUUUCCAGCAGGAUUGCUUUGAAUACUUUGCAGAUAUGAUGCCUCUCUUGCAUAAUUACGUGACCAUUGACACUGAUACUUUACUGUCUAAUCCAAAGCAUUUAGAAAUCAUUUACGCUAUGUGUAAAAAGGUAUUGACAGGAGAUGCAGGAGAAGAUGCAGAGUGCCAUGCAGCCAAGCUCCUAGAAGUAAUUGUUCUUCAGUGCAAAGGACGGGGUAUUGACCAGUGCAUUCCACUCUUUGUGGAGGCUGUUCUGGAGCGGUUGACAAGAGGAGUUAAAACAAGCGAGCUUCGUACCAUGUGUCUUCAGGUUGCCAUAGCUGCACUCUAUUACAAUCCUGACCUACUUUUGCACACCUUAGAGAACAUCAGAUUUCCACACAACCCUGAGCCCAUCACUGCACAGUUCAUAAACCAGUGGAUGAAUGACACAGACUGUUUUCUUGGACUCCAUGACAGAAAGAUGUGUAUAAUAGGACUGAGCAUCCUAAUGGAGUUACAGAACCGACCACCUGCAGUGGAUGCUGUGGCUGCUCAGAUUGUCCCUUCAAUCCUCCUCCUCUUCUUGGGCUUGAAACAAGUUUGCGCCUCGCGAGAACUCACAGAACACGAGGAUCAUGCUAAAGAUGAUAAACACGUUGCAGAAGAUAAUGAAGAGAUACCAAGUGAUGAGGAGGAGACGAAUGAAGUGAGCCAGGCAAUGCAAGAGAACCAUGGUGGAGGUGGAGACGAACAUGGAGAAGAAGAGGAUGACGAUGAUGAUGAUGAUGACUGGGAUGAAGAUGCCUUGGAAGAGACUGCUCUUGAAGGGUUCAGUACACCUCUUGACCUUGAAAAUGGUGUUGAUGAAUACCAGUUUUUCACACAAGCACUUUUAGCGGUGCAGAGCCGAGAUGCUGCCUGGUACCAUUUGCUGACAGCACCACUGAGUGAGGAUCAGAAGAAACAGCUGCAGGAAAUUUAUACAUUAGCAGAGCACCGGCGAAAUGCUGCAGAGACUAAGACAAUAGAGCAGCAAAGUGGCUACACGUUUGACAACAAAGGACUGGUCAUAGCAUUUAACUUUGCUGGAAGUACUCCCGGUGGAAACUGAAGGAUCAACUACGAAGGUCAAUGAGAAGGGUUUCAUCAUUACAUUUUCUUAAACUCAUCAUGACUUCUGAGUGAUAGGGGAGGGUAAUUUAAUGCUGCUGAAGGUUUUCUGAAAUAUAGCAGUGUGCUUCCCCCACCAGAAUGCUUUUUCUAACUGGCUACUGUAAUUUACAAAUUCUUGUGGUGUUUUUAUAAUUUGAUGGACUGAAAAGGAAACGUUUGUCCUCAAGGAACCGGAAUGACUGGGAGGGGCCAGGCUGCAUCUAAUUGAGUUGCACUUCUCAGGUUUUUUGCUGUGCAGAAUUGAUAGAUUCAUAUGGAUAACAGUGCCUUCUGUUGUACAU